AUGGGGCAAAGCUCUUCCAAUAGCGCAGCGGAGUCUGCUGCUGCCUUCUCCGCGGCCGGAGAGUGGAAGAAGCACUUUAGAGUCCGUAGAAGACGGAGGAAAGAAGGCAAGAGCCCGGCCAAGCAACUGUCCGGCCCCCAGAGGAGGGAAGGGAGCUUACAGGAACCUGGGACUGGAAGCAGCAAGUCAGCAAGUGCAGCUCAGGACAGAGAGCAUCCUGAGAGCAACCUAGCAGCAAGUAGAGUGCAGAGUAUAGAGCAGCCUGAAGUAUUACGGGGAGGCUCAUCACUGGGCCCAGGACAGGUUACUGGGGGCAGUGUACAGCAUCUGGAUAUUGCCAGCAGCCUGACCCUAACCAGAGUGCAGAGUGGACCCCAUCCACAGUCACGUGGUGGGUCACCAGUGGGCACAGAGCAGGGCUUAGGGCAAGCUGAGCCAUUGGUAGAUAGCCUGCAGUCUGUCCCAUCUAGGUGUAGUUCCAGUGACUUGUCAUCCACUAAAGUUGUGCAAUCCCAUGACUCAGGGGACACAGCGCAUUAUAUACCUGAGAACACAAAGGGAAAGGCAUUCAUAGCCGCUCUUCACCCAUCGGAUCUACCUGGCGCACGAGACGGCACGCUGACACCGUGCCAAGGUACAGUGGCCAGCACACAAGCUGCUGCAGAUCUUGACAUGAGACUGGAUGGGCAGGGAACGCGGCACAGAAGGGAUAUGUCCUCGUGUGAUGCUGCCAAGUCCGCUAUGAUUGGCAAAGGGAGAGCAUGGGUUGAAGCCGAUGGAAAGACCAUCAUGGGGUCUUCCAAGGACACUCUUAAAAACGUGUUGGGGGACGCAGAGCACCUGGUAGAGAGCAUGGCGAACAGAGAUUGCAGGAGGGUGGAGGUGACCAGCAGAAUGGUAACUUUGGAAACCACGUCUUCGGAACACAGAGGGAACUUUUUUUCCGGGAGUGUAGAGAAGACGGUAACGCAUUCAGUGUUGAGUGUGAGUACUGUGGACCAAACGUCGAAAAAAUCUGGGACUGAAGUAGACGCACAUGGCAGACAGCUUGACAAAGCUCCCAAAGAAACAACAACUGGAUUAUUCCGCACUGAGGUCUUCUCGCACACAAACAAUAUCUUGGGGACCAAUAAAAAACUUGGAUCAAACUUCCAUCCCCAUCAUAGUCCCAUUGAGGAAUUGUGGAAUCGGGACUCUGGAAUUCCUGGCUUAAGGCUAACCAUCACCCCACCGGACGCAGAGAGCACCAGUGAAGCAGCUCAGACAGAUGAGUUAUGCAGAGACUCGUUGCAUAGAAGGGGCCCUCCUUUGCUUCUGGCCUCUGACACCCACAGUUACUCCAUCCCCCGACUUAUCGUCACUCGAGAUGCCAGCCCCAGGAGGGGUUUCUCACCUUCCUUGUCUCCCCAAUUCCAUGAAACAGGCUUUGUUCUAGAUGUUCCCUUCUCAGGGGAAGCAGAAUCCCCCGCCUCGGACAGUGGCUGUGGUGGGUCUCCUGUACCGUCUCUUUUCCUACGCAAGCUGUCCAGUUCCUCCGGUCUGUCGUCUGCUUCAUCGUUUGAAGAGUCCGAAGAUGACUUCAUUGGCAGCGAUGUAGAACCCAAUGGGUUACAACUACUUCUCUGCAAUCCUGACGAGCAAGGAGCAGCUAACACAUCCUGGAGGAAGCUGAAGAACAUGGUCCACUGGUCACCCUUCGUGGUAUCCUUCAAGAAGCAUUAUCCAUGGGUCCAGCUGGCUGGACAUGCAGGUAACUUCAAGGCCGGAGAAUACGGGAAGAUCCUGAAGAAGUUUUGCCAGUGUGAACAGCAGUGCCUGGAAUGGCUGAACCGGGACACACUGCGGCCUUUCGUCCCUGGAUACUACGGUGUGGUGGAGAAGGAGGGUGAGGCCUACAACCAGAUGGAAGACCUGCUCUCUGAGUUUGACUCCCCAUCCAUUAUGGACUGUAAAAUGGGUGUCAGAACGUAUUUGGAGGAGGAGCUGGUCAAGGCCCGGGAGAAGCCCAAGCUCCGGAAGGACAUGUAUGAAAAGAUGAUUGCAGUAGACCCUAGCGCACCGACAGAAGAGGAGCACAAGCAGAGGGCUGUCCUAAAACCCAGAUACAUGCAGUGGCGGGAGACGCUCAGCUCCACCGCUACCCUGGGCUUUAGGAUAGAGGGCAUCAAGAGAGCUGAUGGGACUUGUGACACAAACUUUAAGAAGACCAAACACAGAGAGCAGGUGAUGAGAGCAAUGGAGGACUUUGUAGACGGCAAUAAAAAUAUCCUGAGGAAUUAUUCGACAAGAUUGAAAGAACUGCGCACAGAGCUGGAAAGAUCGGAGUUUUUCAAGCAGCAUGAGGUUGUCGGGAGUUCUCUGCUCUUCGUCCACGAUGCCUCAGAACGGGCCAAGGUUUGGAUGAUCGACUUUGGGAAAACCUCUCGGCUACCGAACAAGCAGACACUAAAUCACCGGGUGCCUUGGCUGGAGGGUAAUCGGGAAGAUGGGUACCUGUGGGGGCUGGACAACCUCAUAAACAUUUUCUCUGAGAUGGUUCAGGACUGAAAUAACGAAACUGUACAGACUGGAGACCGGCUCUGGUGUGAGCACAAAACGACACCAGCACUCUGCCCAUUGGCAACGGAAAUACUGGCAUAAAA